UGGCCGGACCUUCUCUGUAAAGACCGCGGGACGUGGCCUGGGGUACGGGGGGGAGCAAGCCUUAGGGGUAAAGCCUGUUUGGUCCUCUAGGAAGAACUUUUUUUUUUUUUUUUUUUUUUGGUCUUGAGCAUCUUCUCGGGAACCUUACAGUUUAACUCCGAGAGAAGUGGUCCAGUGCCAUCCUGUGCUGUUGAAUGAUACAGCAUAUGUUUUCGUAGUAAAAGACUCUGUAGCUAAGGAAAGAGUGGAAAAUACACUUCUCCCUUUCCCAGGCUGAAUUUUCGCGAUUGCUUUCGUCAGAUCUUGUACCCCUUUCUGACAGCAAGACUUCCAAUUGGGACUUUAUAGGAAGAAAAAAGCAUUUCAGUACAGUUUGAAAUAUUUCAUGUCUUAAGAUAGAUACAGUGCAAUUUGAGACUUUCAUUAGAACUGUUUUUAUUUUGUAAUUGUGACUUUUAGACUGCAAAUCAAGGAAGAAGAACCUUUGAUUAUGUUGAAAGUUUUAUAAAUAUAAAGUCUAUUUUCUUUUUCUUGUACUUAAGAUUUCUUUAAGCUAGUUUCAAAUGACUAAUAUUGUAACAUUUAAAACUGCAACUAUAAUAAUAAAGCAAAGUCUUGUUUUACUGUGAUAAACUAGUGAUAAAAUUAUGUAUAUUUGGCUAAGAUUAGAAAAAUUUUUAAUUGCAUUUUAAAAAUGUUUACACUAAGUUGGUGAGAGGUUAGCAGUGCCACUCCACCCCAUUCGGGAGGUACAUUUAACAGUUUAGUCCUAUAUGGAAAAAAAUAUUUGUUAUGGUUAGGAGGGUCUUUAUGAUGAUUGUAUCCCAUUACUUUACCUCUUUACCCAGAUGUUUUUGUGUACUACCAAACAAGCUAAUGUUUUUCAUUAUUUUACUUGAUAGACGUGUCACAAACUAUUGGGGGAAUUAUCUAGAAAUUCUACUACCUGUUCUGAAUCUGUUUUGUUGAUUGCCAUUGAGAUAAAUAAUAGAGCCACCUGCUGCUUUUAGGAAAAAAAAUUACUUUUUUUCCCCUUUGUCUUCAGCAUUUAUUCAGAAAGUUCUGAGCCUUGCAUGUUUCUUAAGAAUUUAAAUCUGUAUCUUUAGCAGUUUAGAGACUACAUACAGCAUUAACCUUUUUCUCUGAGUAUUCAGGUUUUAAUAUUUUUAAAUGAGGAUAUCAAGGUUUUGAACUUACGGUUUGAGCCUGACCGUAAAAUGUGUCAGGGAAAUAGUUCCUAGUGUCCUCCUGUGUUUCCUUUUUUAAAGUUGUUGCUUGCCUGUGCCAUUCUGUGUCUGUCCCUAACAAAGGACUUUGUGUUUAUUAAAGAGCACAGAAAAUGUGGUAUUAGGGAAAGAAUGAAGGAUACCUUUUUAUAGAAGCAGUUUCACAAGGGAAGAAGUUGCUUUACUGACCCAGAAUAACAAAACCAAACUUUGUUAUCAAACUAUAUCUACAUUUAGCAUCUAACAUUUAUGGUGACUAUGUUUUGUUUAGGGUUAGUUUUGACCUGUUGAUUGUUUUCAGCAGAUUAUUAUCACAGCAUACACAAAUUAUUCUGGGUCGGGGCAUGGACAAGUACAUAAUUCAAGAUUAAAGUUAUGCAUUUAGUUUAGGUUGUAAAAGCUAAUCGCAUGGUUAAUCCAAGGCUUUAUAAGGUUGGUUACUUUGUUCUCAUAAAGGCAGGAUUAAGCAGACUGAGCACACAGUAGGACAACAGACUAAGUACAUAGUCUUAAAUGAUCUCAGGGCAUGUUAUUAGCUUGGCAUCAAGGUCUGGCAGAAGUUCAAGCUCUUCAAAGACUGGAUAUUUUCAGAAAGCUCCACAGAUUUUUGUCUUAGUCUAUUGAUGCAGUGACUUAAAUUAACAUCUCUGAGGAUACAUACCUAACAAAAAACAAACAUCCCUAAGUAUGUAUAACUUGACUGUAGAUAUUAGACUAAGGAGAGAGCCUGGUGCUUUUGAAAGUAUUAGAGAACUGGGUGACUUGUUUGAAGCUUUUACCUGUCUGUUGCAAACACAUCAAAGCUUUAGAUAAAUAUUGGUGUUAGGAAAGGCUCAGUGGUGACCCACCGCAGAUCAGCAUCUACUCUACAUAACUGAACUUCACAUAGAGCCUUUAUAGAGGCCGUCUGCUUGGUGCUGCCUUCCUCAGCCUGGAUUCUCAUUUUACUGUGAUUAUAUUCUCUUUCUGCCAUAGGUGUUAGAGCGUUCUCUGCUUGAAAAGACUUGGAAUUCAUAAACUUAAAUGCUAUGCAGUUUAGCAAAGGUAGUCUGUAACUAAGCCAAAUGCUUACCAAAGCCCAGAGGCAUGUGAGGUUGUUGUUGUCCUGUCUCCAUUUAUCUUAAUGGUGGUUUUUGUUUUGUGAAGAGAAUUUUUGUAAUAAAAAUUAAUAAAAUCACAAGGUUUUUUGCUUUGAUGCCAUAAAGGUAAAUUGGUUCCGUUUCAAAAAAAGGAACCUAUUGUGUCUGCAUUUUUCAAGUUUAUGGGGAGGUAGCCCAGUCCAUGAUUAUCCAGAAAGAAGCUGUCAAGAAGAAGCAUAUUGGAAGGGCCUGUGUAAACUUCUUAACAUCAUAUUUAUUAAAGGAUCGUUUUGGCUGUGUAUUCAAUCAGGCCACUCCUUCCAGCCUUAGUGUUUAGAGCUGCUGUUCCCUCACUGUAAGGUGUUUUGUGCAGAGGAAAUGUAUAUUAGGUCUAUUCGCUGCCUGAUGUGUUUUAGUAUUUGGUAAGAAAAUGUGAUUUUUCAAUAAACUAAUGUAAAGAACUUGGUGAUAAUUUGUAUUUAAAAAUCAGAUGGUGUAUUACAAAAAAAUGGUGUUUUGAAAGGAUACUAUCUUACAAUAUAACCAAACACAUAAGCUCUUAGGUCAGAUAGGCAGUACAAUUUUAUUGCCAGGUAUGAAAUCUUGAUCCUCCAGGUGAUCUAUAUUACCAUAUAAUUCACUUUAUUCAAUUUUAGCAUCAUUGAUAAUUGAAGCAUUACAUUAAACUCCAUUAACAAAUUUAUUGAUACUUUAUGAUGCGUAGUAUUUGUUUACCAUCUUUUUGUUGUUUUUGUUUUUCAAAACAGUUUCUCUGUAUAACUAUCCUGACUGUCCUGGAACUCAUUCUGUAGAUUAGGCUGGUUCCAACCUCACAGAGAUCCACCUGCCUCUUUCUCCAGGGUGCUUAAAGACAUAUACCACCACCAUCUGGCUGUUUACCAUUUUUUAGUGAAGCCAUUAAUCAUGUACCUUAAUUUAAUACUCUUUAUCUUAAUCUACUUUACAAACUUUCCCAUGAAGUUACAAAAGUGUUCCCAGGGCUUCAGAGCUGUUACUGCUAGCAGGGGAUCUUUUGCUCUGCCUGGAUAUGAGUCCUGGGUAGGCAAGGAGACUCUUCCAUUGCCAACAAUGCUGGUCCUGGAAUAACCGAGACCUAGGGUCUGGGCUGACUGACCACAUGUAUAACAGUUAAGAGCCCCAAACAAUAUAGUUCUAUUGCUCCAGGCUUUUAACCCAAGACUACUAGGCCAUCAGGUUAGAAGUUCAUUGCUCCUGGCAUUAACUGUCAGUGGCCCCAGAACACAGCAGCUUUUGUAAUCUGUAGGUUUGGGCAGUCUUAAACAGCAGAGGUAGGUAUUGCUCUUAAUAGUUGAGCUCGCUUACAGAUUUUGGGUGCUGAAACCCUUGACUAGAGCAAAGAUGAAUGAGAUCUUCAUCCUGAUGACAGUGACUAGUGUUGACAGUUCUCAAUGCCCAGAAAGUUUGAGACCCUUAGCAGCUUCCUGGGACUCUCCUCAUGUCUUGGUGGCUCUCUGCUCCCUGUUAUUUCUGCCAUUAACUCUGGAACCCUUCAGGUCUCCCUACUUCUGACUGUCACUGCCUCCGCUUGUGCCUGGACUUUUCCCUUUUUUGUGUGUAACCAACUGAGCUUGUCCUAAUUAACAUAAAAAGUAAGAGAAGGACACUGGAGAAGCGUUUUAUUGGACCUAAUGAUGCAUACAGGUGGUAGCAAAGGAGCACAUCUCCCAGCAGCCCAUGCAAACACAGAAAUGUCUGUGCUAGGCAGGGCAAAGCCCCUUAUACAAAUGGCAAACUCUGCUGAUAGCCGGAACAGGCCUUUAGCUCGACCACCAAGGGAGGUGCUCCCCUUUUGGCCUGGAUAGGAACAGCUGUGGGGUCACGAGGAGUUCAUCAAAGCUUGUGAUGGCCAAAAGUUUGGAGGUUGUACUUCAACAAGCAGGUUGGUUUCUGAAAGCACCUAUCUGUAGAAUGUUGAAAGCAGUUGGUGCCAUAACUUAUUUAGCUAGAUAUGUUGCUGGCAGUCCUUUGCUCAGAGUAAUAGGGGCACUAGAAGACGGGUCUAACAUUUGUCUAAUUGGAGAGUCAAAUUGUUCUAACUGCCUACAUCUUGAGUUAGUUGAAGGAAAAAUAACCAUUAAAAAGGAUGCGUACAGUGUACAUUUACCCUUACAAUUAAUAGUGUUUCACAAUGCUUAACUCUUAACCUUAUGCCCCAAGGCGAGGUAGUGCCAUCUGAUUCGCUUCAGAACCAUUUCCAAAGCAUUCUUCAAGUACAGAGUGUUCACAGCUGGAAUAGUCAGUACUCCUGAAGAUGUUACUCUUGUGAUAGUUUGGUGAAGGAGGUGACUACUUUUUGCCCUUAUCUAAAGAGUCUGCCUGAGGCUAAAGUGAAGAGUUUAGGAUUGAUUCCCUUGGAAGAAGAAAUUGUAGUACGAAUAAUAAAAAACCCAGAGACAGAUAUUGGGGUCCAAGCUGAAGAUCAGAAAAGCAAAAUAGCCAGCCAUUGAGAUAUCUUACCUCUACCAAGGCUCAGACAAAGGGGCGAUCCUGCAAUGCUCUCCACCAACCUCAGACUCACACUCUGCUGAGUUCCAGUCUCUUCCCAUUUAUGUUCUUCUCUGCCCAGCUAUAUAGCUCCUGUCUACCUCCCUAGUGCUGGGAUUAAAGAUGUGUGAUCCCUAGUGCUGGGUGCACCUUUCUGUGAGCUCUGUUCCUCUUUUAGACAGAUUAAAUCUUGUAUAACCCAGGGUGGCUUUGAACUCACAGAGAUCCACCUGCCUUUGUCUUCCAAGUCCAAGGAUUAAAGGUGUGUGGCACCAUUCCUUGGCCUGUAUGGCUCACUAGUAUGGCUGCUUUGCCCUCGAUCUUCUAUUUAUUAAAACACAAAUAAUAUACCACUAUAAAAAAUCUCAAGCAUAGACUGUUGUGGAUACUGGUGGUAACUAUAAUGAAGAUAUAUAAUGAGAAGGAGCGAGCUGAGCAAGGAAAAAUACUUGAGAAAAAGGACACCAGGAUGUGGGAUGGAGCUAAAUCCUCUGUUCGAGGAGGUAAAUGGACCUGUCUCAAAAAACCAAAAAAAAAAAAAAAAAAAAAAAAAAAGAUGUUAUAAAGAGAGUGGUGAUCUCAACGCAAGAUCUCAGCCCUGCUUAGUUUCCAAUUUGUGAAAAGGGACUGAAGAAAAGCUUGGGAGCUAAGUGUGCUAGGGCACACCUUUAAUCCCAGUUCUAGGAAGGCAGAGAGUUUGAGGUCUCCUUUGUCUACAGAGCAAGUUUUAGGACAAGCAAGCUUAGGUGGUGAAAGACACCUGGUGAAGAUGAAAUUGAACGAGCGUGCCAUGUUCCAACCCCAGCAAGCAGCAGAACUUGACAGCUUCAGCCACUUGGUUCCGAUUUUAGAGUUAAGGAUAGGAGGAAGGAGUUUAAAAAUAAAGCCCUGAGACCAGGCAUGUGUCAGGGUGUCUCUGAAUGGAGGCCUAGUAUAGAGGUGCAGCCUGGAUUGCCUUGGACCCCAAGAUAUCAAACAUGCCCGAGUCAUGGGUUACCUGUCGAGGAGAGCUGCUAGCAGGGAAUGGAACCAGCCCAGAGAAGGAAGUGUGUUAGAGUCAAUAAAACUGAACAGAGCUGGAAGAGUUGGAGAUCUAAAGAACAUUUUAAACCAGACAUGGGGCUACAGAGUUGGGAGUUUACUUGGCUGGCUUUUGGUCUUGCUUUUCACCAGUAUUUCUUCACUGUGCUCCCUUCCUUGUGUUUCAGAAUGGUAAUACGUAUCCUGUGCCAUUACGUUGAAAGUAUAUGAUCUGCUUUUUGGUUUUGAUCUUUAUAGGGGGAUUACAGUUAAGAGAUUGCCAUGUGUCUCAAAAGAGACUUUGGACUUUGAAAUAAGUUUGAGAUUGGAAUUGCCUAUGGGGAUUUUUGCAGUUGGAUUGAGCGCAUUUUUGCAUUGUAAUAUAUCAAUAAGCAUUUGUGGCCACGGAGUGGAAUGUAGUGGUUAGAAAAAAAUGACUCCCAAAGGGAGUGGCACUAUUAGGAGGGGUGGCCUUGUUGGAGGAAGUGUGUCACUGUGGGGACAGACUUUGAGGUCUCUUUUGCUCAAACUUACAUCAGUGCUAUUGUCAGUCAACUCCCUGUUGCCUGCACAAUGUAAGACUCUCAGUUAUUUCUCCAGUACCACAUCUGCCUGCAUGCCGCCAUGUUCCCCUUCAUGAUGGUAAUGGAUUGAACCUCUGAAACUGUAAGCGAGCCACCUCGAUUAUAUGUUUUCUUUGUAAGAGUUGCCAUGGUCAUGGUGUCUCUUCACAACAAUAGAAACCAAACUAAGACACUGAUAUGUGUGUGCAUGUGUGUAAACUAAAAAUCUGGAAGGUAAUUAUUAAAAUGUUAAAGAGAAGUGGAUGAUUGUUAAUACUAUAUUGAUUCAGGAAAUCUCAAAAAUUAGAUAUGUUCUUGCUGCAUUAAGUUACAACUCUCUGUGGUGUUCUGUAUUUCCCAUUUUAAGAAUAUUUUCUUAGUGAGUUUUCCUAUGCCAUAUAACUACAUUCCAUUCUCCAGUUUUGAAACUAAACAAUCUCUUCUCUGUCAUGUAGGGUCAGACAGACUACGUUGCCUCCAGCUUCUCAUGAUCACCACCAGUAGUGUGUGCUUAGAUAGAGUUGACUUCUAAAAUAGGAAGAAAUGACAUUUUUUUGAUAUUUUUUUUCUUUUAAGAUUCUUGACACUUAACUGCCCCAAAAUUUAUACCCGAUGGACAUGUGAACCUCAGAACUUUAGGUCAAUAAUGAAAUGAAGAGGAGCAUGAGCAACUUAAUUCUUUUUUAAUUUUGACUUUAAAAAUCAAAUGUUACUUUGUCAUACUUACCCCUUCUUAUCCACCAGGUUAUUGUAGCCUAAUAAGUAGGGUUACCUUGGGUCAGCAUGGUGACAGAAACAUGCCAGUACUAGGAAGGCAGAGACAGGGCAGCCUGGGCUCCAUCAUGAGACCCUGCUAUGUGCCUCCCUCCCCCAGUCAUCUCUAUUUGGAACUAUAAGUGAAAGGUUUGUCUUUCAAAUGCGAGCAUAUGUAAGAAUUAUUAUAAAUGCUUUAUACCAUUUACGGGUUCUUUUCUUGGGUUCAUUAAGGUAUUUGUUGUUUCAAGAUAAUCCAUCAAAUGAUGGGAUAUAGCAGAAUGUCAGUUUGCCAGUUAAAAUGUUGUCUGUCUUUCCUUCACCGUGCUUUCUCAUUUUUAAUUAGUAUAAAAGUGAGACCACCGAUGAUUUGGUAAGGGUCAAAGCAGGUUCCAAGUAGUGUUGGGUGUGAAAGGGUUCCAAUGUCAAGCAUGAUUUUUCGUCUAAUGAGUUUGAAUAAAAGCACUAAAUUACUAGUUAGUUUGAUUUAUUCAUCAACAUUUGUCUGGGUAAAGUCAUAAAUAAUCUUCUAACACUGUUGAGCCCACUUCCUUCUCCUAUUCUCUUCGUCCUCAAAGUGAGUCUUGUCUUCUGUAUGUUGGUUUCUCUGUUUGCCAUCUGCUCCCAGUCCACUGAAAUUACUUCUUAAGGUCAUGUGUGUUCUCCAUAUUGCCAGACCAAAUAAAUACUCAGUCAUCUUACUGACAGUUCAUCAUUUUAAUGCCCAUUGAGCAUGUCUCAGUUUUCCUUCUGUAUCACUAACUAGUCCUCAGUCUCCUCUGUUUUUCUUCCUGUUUGCUUUAUUUUUUUUUUAAAGAUUGAUUUAUUUUAUGAGUCUUUGCUUGCAUGUAUGUCUGUAUACUACUAGGCCAGUAGAACGUGCUGGAUCCUAGAACUGAUUACAGGUGGUUGGUUAUGAGGUGCCAUGUGGUUGCUGGGAACUGAACCCAGGUCCUCUGGAAGAGCAUCAAAUGCUGUUCACCUAAGCCAGCACCUUGUCUGCCUCUCGACUUCCAUAGUAAAGGUGCUCUCGAAUUAGGAUCUCAGCCAUCCUCUCCAGUUUCUAGGUGCCUUUAAAAACAACUUGCAUACCUAUUUUUAAGAUAAAAUUGGGUAUUUUAGAGAUGUGAAUAAAUCAUUAUGAAAGAGCAUGUGAGCUGGAAAUGUUAGUUUUUCAUAGGAGAUAAGUUUGCACAAGGUCUACCAUAACCACUGUAUACCUCAGUCUAUGUUUUCAGAGGACAACUGACUGGUGAGUGACAACUUGGGUUGAGAAACUUCCUAUGAGCUCUUACGUUAUCGCACUGGACUGGUUUUGAAGCUGACUUCCAUAAAAUGCACUCAGAAGAAAGUUGUGCUUCUGUUUGACUCCUCGGGAGUGCUGCAGAUGCACAGGCAUGGAGGAGAAGCAGUCUGGAUGACCUGGGAGUGAUGCUGCUUGCCAGAGCACAGAGACGUGAUUCUAUGGGAAGGGCUGUAGCUAAUCCAUCCGUGGUCUAGAUUUGAGUAUGAGCACAGUUGAAGAGGAUUCUGACACAGUAACAGUAGAAACUGUGAACUCUGUGACGUUUACUCAGGACACAGACGGGAACCUCAUUCUUCAUUGCCCUCAGAAUGACCCCGAUGAAAUAGACUCAGAAGAUAGUGCUGAACCUCCACAGAAGAGGCUCUGUCUGUCCUCUGAGGAUGACCAGAGCAUUGACGACUCUACGCCUUGCAUAUCAGUUGUUGCACUGCCACUUUCAGAAAAUGAGCAGAGCUUUGAGGUGACCAUGACGGCAACCACAGAGGUGGCAGAUGAUGAACUUUCUGAGGGAACUGUGACACAAAUUCAGAUUUUACAGAAUGAUCAACUAGAUGAAAUAUCUCCAUUGGGCACUGAGGAAGUUUCAGCAGUUAGCCAAGCAUGGUUUACAACUAAAGAAGAUAAGGAUUCUCUCACUAACAAAGGACAUAAAUGGAAACAGGGAAUGUGGUCCAAGGAAGAAAUCGAUAUUUUGAUGAACAACAUCGAGCGCUAUCUGAAGGCACGCGGAAUAAAAGACGCUACAGAAAUCAUCUUUGAGAUGUCGAAAGACGAAAGGAAAGACUUCUACAGGACGAUAGCGUGGGGGCUGAACCGGCCUUUGUUUGCGGUUUACAGAAGAGUGCUGCGCAUGUAUGACGACAGGAACCACGUGGGAAAAUACACUCCUGAAGAAAUUGAGAAGCUCAAGGAGCUCCGGAUAAAGCACGGCAAUGACUGGGCAACCAUAGGGGCGGCCCUAGGAAGAAGUGCCUCUUCUGUCAAAGACCGCUGCCGGCUGAUGAAGGACACCUGCAACACAGGGAAAUGGACAGAAGAAGAAGAAAAGAGACUUGCAGAGGUGGUUCAUGAGUUAACAAGCACGGAGCCAGGUGACAUCGUCACACAGGGCGUGUCUUGGGCAGCUGUAGCUGAGAGAGUGGGUACCCGCUCAGAAAAGCAGUGCCGUUCCAAGUGGCUCAACUACCUGAACUGGAAGCAGAGUGGGGGUACUGAAUGGACCAAGGAAGAUGAAAUAAACCUCAUCCUAAGGAUAGCAGAGCUUGGCGUAGCCGAUGAAAAUGACAUCGACUGGGACCUGCUGGCGGAGGGGUGGAGCAGUGUCCGCUCGCCGCAGUGGCUCCGCAGUAAAUGGUGGACCAUCAAAAGGCAAAUUGCAAACCAUAAAGAUGUUUCGCUUCCUGUCUUAAUAAAAGGUCUUAAACAGUUACAUGAGAACCAAAAAAACAACCCAGUGCUUUUGGAGACUAAAUCAGGAGCUGGAGUUCCAAACAGUAAUUGCAAUUCCAGUGUACAGCAUGUUCAGAUCAGAGUCGCCCGCUUGGAAGAUAAUACAGCCAUCUCUCCAAGCCCCAUGGCAGCGUUGCAGAUUCCAGUCCAGAUCACCCACGUCUCUUCCACAGACUCCCCUGCUGCUUCUGUUGACUCAGAAACAAUAACACUAAACAGUGGAACACUACAGACAUUUGAGAUUCUUCCAUCUUUCCAUUUGCAGCCCACUGGUACUCCGGGCACCUACCUUCUUCAGACAAGCUCAAGCCAAGGCCUUCCCCUAACUCUGACCACAAGUCCUACAGUAACGCUGGCGGCGGCCGCCCCUGCUUCUCCUGAACAGAUCGUUGUUCACGCUCUAUCCCCAGAACAUGUGUUGAACACCAGUGACAAUGUCACCGUGCAGUGUCACACUCCCAGGGUUAUCAUUCAGACUGUUGCUGCGGAAGACUUCACUUCUUCCGUACCCCAAGCAGAACUGACAGCCGAUAGUGACCUGCACGCGUCCGAUUUUCCUGAGCCUCCAGAUGCACUAGAAGCAGACACGUUCCCAGAUGAAAUUCCUCGACCCAAGAUGACUUUACAGCCAUCAUUUAACACUCACGUGUCUAAGUUCAGCAACCGGAAUAGCACAGAACUGAUGAACAGCGUUAUGGCCAGAACAGAGGAAGAAAUGGCCGACACUGACCUCAAGCAGGAAGAACCGCCUUCUGACUUAGCCAGUGCUUACGUUUCUGAGGAUUUAGAAUCUCCCACCAUAGUACACCAAGUUCAUCAAACAAUUGAUGAUGAAACAAUACUUAUCGUUCCUUCACCACAUGGCUUUAUCCAAGCAUCUGACGUCAUAGAUACUGAAUCUGUCUUGCCUUUGACAACACUAACAGAUCCCAUAUUUCAACAUCAUCAGGAAGAAUCAAAUAUGAUUGGAUCGUCUUUAGGCAGUCCUGUUUCUGAAGACUCAAAAGAUGUUGAGGACUUGGUAAACUGUCACUAGGUUAUUAGAGACAGGCACUUCAAGUAAAAGAAGCCACAUUGCUGAUUAUAUUUUCUCCAAAGACAGGAGCAGUCCCAAGAGUUUUGGUUGCCAUUCCUCUGGCUUGUACGUAGCUGCUGUGCUUAAGCCAUGCACAUUGUUGCUGCUGUUACUUUUUACCUCCGUUAAAGUUAUCAUCUGAGGUCCAGUUUAUGACAGUGUGUUAAUGGAGUAUAGGAAGUUUCAAUUGCCCAGAUCUGUUCAGAUUUCUAUCAAGAGGGAGUUGCAUUCACUGUAGCUACUUAAAUCACCAAAGCUUGCCUGCUCUGGUUUUUUACACGCAGUAACACUCAUCUCUGCAGUUAGACACUGUAUUCUGUCCAGACUCAAUUUGGCCUGUUAUAAUUCAGGUUACAUUAUCAGCAUGGUCCAGCUUAGUCAGCAGUGACCUUCAGAAAGAUUGACUUAGGAGUUUAAGACAAGACCAGCAUUUAUAUGAGAACAUGGGAAGUGGUUGUGAAGGUUACUCUGGUUAUCCCAUUGCUGGCAGUGGGAGCUGAGAGGCAGAGUAAAGAGGAAAGCAUUAAUUAAAGAGUCAAGAAAAUUCACUACAGGUCUUUGAUCUUUAACUCUUAAAGGGAAGGAAGAUGAAGUAAUGAAACCCACUAUAGCAAAGCAGUUAUCUCCCCUCAUCAGAGACAGCCAGUACUCUACAGUUAGCACUUUGAAGUCAUUCAGUGAGGGGAGGGGAUAUCACCUGUGUUUGAGAACCAUGACUUUUUACUACAUGGUUUACUAUAUCAAUUGCCCAGAAAAUAGUUGAGGGGUAUUAGAGUUUGAUGUUCAC